AUGAGGGAUAUCGAGUACUUUGUCGGUGAUUUCAUAUUCCUUAAGGUAUCUUUGUGGAAGAAAGUUUUGAGGCUCGAUCAUAAGGGCAAGUUUAGCCUUAGGAUCAUUGUGUCGUAUUGGAUUCUGAAGCGUGUGAGACCAGUUGUUUAUCAGUUAAAGCUACCUCCAGAGUUAGACCAUAUCCAUGAUGUGUUUCACAUCUCAAUGUUGAGGCGGUACCGAUUUGAUCCAUCUCACGUUGUCCCUGUUGAGGAGAUCGAGGUUAGACCAGAGUUGAUGUUUGAGGAGGAGCCAGUUCAAAUUUUGGAUCAAGAUAUUAAAGUUCUGAUAAGGAAGUCCAAAUCAUUGGUAAAGGUUCUGUGA